AUGUCUGUCUACAGAUCAACUCGUUCAAGUGCCGAACAGCAAGUCUCAUUUGAAGACGCCGUCAUCACUGGUUUGGCCAAAGAUGGUGGUUUAUUCAUCCCAUCCGAGAUUCCAUCUGUCCCAACUGAUUUCCUGUCAGCUUGGAAAGAUUUGAGUUUUCAAGAUUUAGCCUUCAAGAUCAUGAGAUUGUAUAUUAAGGAGGCUGAAAUCCCAGAUAAUGAUUUGAAAGAUCUUGUUGAGAGAUCCUAUUCAACUUUCAGGUCGGAAGAGGUCACUCCGACCGUUAAAUUAGAUUCACAUGACAACUUGUUCUUGUUGGAACUGUUCCAUGGGCCCACUUAUGCCUUUAAGGAUGUUGCCUUGCAAUUUGUAGGUAACUUGUUCGAAUACUUCUUGCAAAGGAAAAAUAAGGGCAAAGCUGAAGAUGAUCCAACCAGAGAUACCAUUACAGUAGUCGGUGCUACUUCUGGUGAUACUGGAUCUGCUGCUAUCUAUGGACUGAGAAAUAAAAAGGACGUAUCCGUAUUCAUCCUUUACCCCACAGGAAGAAUUAGUCCUAUUCAAGAAUUGCAGAUGACCACCGUUGUUGAUGACAAUAUCCACACUUUGUCCGUGAAUGGUACAUUUGAUGAUUGUCAGGCGUUGGUCAAGGAAGUGUUUAACGAUUCCGAGUUCAAUGAUAAAUGGCACAUCGGAGCGAUCAACUCCAUCAACUGGGCUCGUAUCUUGGCUCAAAUAACUUACUACUUCUACUCGUACCUUCAAGUCUCCCAAGCAGUUGGCCAUGGUAGAGUCAAGUUUAUCGUUCCUAGUGGAAAUUUUGGAGACAUCUUGGCAGGAUUUUACGCCUCUCAAAUGGGCCUGCCAGUUGAGAAAUUGGUAGUUGCCACGAACGAGAACGAUAUCUUGAACAGAUUCCUUACUACUGGUAAAUAUGACAAGGGAGAUGUUAAACCAACGCAUUCUCCAGCCAUGGACAUUGUUGUUUCAUCUAACUUUGAGAGAUUCUUAUGGUAUAUGAUCAAGGAAACAAUUGGUAAGAACGAUGAGAAGGCCACUGGUGAAAUUCUAAACAACUACAUGAAAGAGUUAUCUACCAAAGGUGUGUUUACUGUGCCUCAAGCAGUUCUUGAUAAGGCCACCAGUAUUCUGGACAGUGACAGAAUCACCAACGAGGAAACUGUUUCCACCAUCAAAAAGAUCUAUGAAGCCACUUCCAAUAACUACAUUAUCGAUCCCCACACUUCUGUUGGUAUUGCCACUACCUUGAACCAAAUUAAGAAAGACAAUGAUCCUUCUAUUACAUACGUCUCGUUGUCAACUGCUCAUCCUGCCAAGUUCAGCGAAGUAGUUGAUGCAGCUUUGACCAGUUAUCCUGACUACAGCUUUGAAAAAGAUGUUUUGCCAGAAGAGUUGAAGAAUCUCUCAACCUUGCCAAAGAAGAUAAAACUAAUUGAAACUGCCACUUUGGAGUCAAUCAAGGACACUAUCGUUAAAACUUUGAGCUAG